UAUACAGUCCUCUUCAUAAAGUAAUUAACCUCUGGCAUAGUUCUUAUCGUCAUCUUGUCAAUUCGUUGAUCGCCAGAACAUGGUCUCUCCGACCGGAUUGUUUUGAUUGCUUCUUUGUUAUUCAUUGAUGAUUGAGAUACCUACAAUUUACACUUUCUCUGUGAAGUCAGUAGUUGUUGGAUGACCGUGGUGCUUUGAUGCACUGUUACCAAGAUAUUGAGAGUAUUACUGCCGUUAUUUGAGGGUCAAUUGUACAUCCUAGUAUUCCCAAUACUGCAUAGUAUUAGCAGUGGAGUUCGUAUAUAGUGUGCAUCCACGUAUAUUUGGUGUACAUUGUGAAUUUGCAGUUGGUAUAAGCGAUGUCUGGUGCUGUUCGGAGGUCGACGCGAAUCAAGAAGAAGCCUGCAUAUCUUCAAGAUUACGAGUGGGAAAAUAUCCGAGAAGAUCAACCUGAGAUGGAACCGAAGCAGCCACAAACAUUGGAUCUCCGUCCAGUUGACAGACUGACACAGUUGACUACGAGCGUGGACCGGAUGAAGCGCCUUGUAGACUGGGGCCGUCAGGCUAAUAGCAUCGUCGAGCAGUUAGAAGAUGAGGUCAUCGACCAGAUUGAAGAGCGUGCAGACGAGGCUCCUUCAAUGACGCCGUCAUUGCUUGCUCAGGGUGACCCAGACACCAGACACCAGAAACCAGAAGAAGAUAAUCUUCCUGAAGAUGAAGAAGAUGAAGACGACUUUGAUGACGCGAAGAGUGACCAGUCACAUCAGUCAACGCAGUCUAACCGUUCACAGUUGGCGAAAGUAAAGGCAGAGUUGGCGAUGCUGAAGGUCAAACAAGAGAAGCAGAGGUACGUCGAACAGCUGCGCAUCCAGGAAGCUCAACAGAAGUUGGCCUUGGCGAAGGCCGAGGAUGAGGCUGAGAGCGCGAAGUUAGAGGCUCAGCUGCUGGCCGAGUUGGAUGGCAGAGGCAUCGCUAAGCCUACCAUGCCUACCAAGCCUGUCGUCUUCACGUUACCGCCUAGAAAGCAAAGAGCGACUCAAUUUUCUCCUGUAGAUUUCAGCCCAGCAGGGGAAAAGCACCAGAUGACAGGGAAGAGACGGUCUGCAUCCGCACACAAUAGUUGGAUCCAGCAGGUUCAAGCUCAGGACCUGGCGAGCUUGAAGUUUCCUAUCCUAUCCAGCAGUAAUGAGAAGGUGGGUGAGAAGCCUGUUUUGCAGCCCUUUGGUGUCCUAGCAGCUUCAAAGUUGAACCCGAUUGACGAGUUAGUGCAGUCGAUUGAGGAAUCUACACCGAUGCCAAGACCACAGCAUUCCUCCACUCCAGCCAAAGAUGUUCCAGAAGUUACACCUGCCGAGACGAAAGAGAUACAGCGCUUCUUCCAGGGUCUGGCAAAACCUCAUCUACCGAAAUUCGAUGGCAACAGAGACCGAUUCGAAGACUGGAGGGCGCAGUACGAGGUAUUUGUUGAACAAUCUCAGGUACCAGUAAAAUUCAAGAUGAUAAUGUUGAAAAAUGCCUUGUCGGGUCAUCCCCUUAGGUUAAUCAGCAACCUGGGGUAUACGGCAGCACAAUAUAAGAUGGCUAUUUUUAAACUUGACCAGCGCUAUGGGGGGGAAACUCGUACACUAAAGAAAUACUUAGAUCGGUUGCUAACUUGGAAGGAGGUGUCCGAGGGUGACUUGCGAGCCUUAGAAGAAUUGUCUAACCAGAUGUGCGAUGUAAUCUCCAAACUCGAUGACACUGACCAUGCCCGGGAGUUAAUUGGUAACACCGUCUUGUAUACUUUAGUGAAGCAAAAGGUUCCACACUCUCUCCUAGUGAAGUAUGCAGAGCAGCGCAGUACAAAUGCCCAGGAUGGUUUGGCUGUAUUCACGAAGUGGUUCAACCGGCAAGUUUGCUUGAUGUUGGAGAUGUCCGAGCUGCGUGCUCCUCGUACCAAGGAAAAAACUGCUGAACAGCCACACAGUAAAAGAAAGUCUGAGAGUAAUAAAAGCCAUUCUUAUGCCGUUUCAGCCACUGACUCUAAGAAGACAACUACUUCCCAGUCGAAGCCUGCCGAACAGAAGGAUGACAAGCGCCAGGGAACAGAGUUCGAAUGCCCGUUAUGCAAGGGCAGUCAUCAUGUGGUGAGAUGCCAGUUGUGGAAGCCAGCCUCCACCGAAGAGCGAUGGAAAAUAGCGAAGGAAAAAGCCUUAUAUUACAAGUGCCUGUGUGGGAAACACAUGGCGAAGAAUUGCACGAAGGAGCCCCGGAAGUGCGAGAUAGACGGAUGCCAGCGGACCCACCAUCGACAUCUGCACAAGAAAGAAACCAAGACAGAAGCUGCCAAGAAGAACACACCUGAGCCUGUUGGGUGUUUUGGAAUUGCUGGGAAUGGUCAGGUACGUCUGAAUAAAGUAUCAUUAAGAGUUUUACCUGUUCUUGUUGCAGAUGUUGAUGGUCAGAUGAGAAGAUUGAACGCCUUCCUCGAUGAUGGGUCCGACUCCUCCUACGUUCGUCGAUCCGUCCUGUCUGAGCUGGGGAUUUCCAGAAUUGAGGACCACACGAUCACCAUGUCAACUAUGACGACGACUGGUACAAAGGUCAAGAGUGGUACAGUAACCCUGUCGGUGGAGAGUUUGAAUGGCAACCUAAGGGUAAGACUGGGCUGUAGAAUUUUGGAUCGCCUAUGCGAGGGGGUGCGUCCUCAGAAUUGGGGCAUGAACAAAAAUAGAUGGUCUCAUUUGGCAGAUAUUGACUUCCCGAGAAUUGAUGGUGCAGAGACUGUAGACAUAGUAAUAGGAUCCGAUCAUCCCGAGCUGACGAUGUCUUUAGAGGAGGUCGCAGGACAGCCAGGAGAGCCGGUAGCACGUCUUACUCCCCUUGGUUGGACUUGCACUGGGAUGCUAGGGACGUCUUCCCAGGACCAGGAUGAGAUAGGUGGCUAUGCAGCCACUUGUUCAGUUAUGUCAGAUAUUCACUUAGAUAGCUGUUUACGUGCGUUAUGGAACCAAGAUUUGAUGACCGAUGGUAAAGAGACAGAGUUUACACCCGAAGAGCAGAGGAUUAUAGAUGGUGUUGAAGCUUCAAAGGUGUACCACAGGGAGCAGGGAUGUUACGAGGUUUCCAUCCCAUGGAUAGAUGGCAGUCCGGAACUUCCAUGUAACUACGAGAUCGCCCGUCGCCGCCUGGUGUCCUUGGAGAGAACCUUGAUGAAGAAACCGAAACUGGCGGAGAAGUACAAAGACGGGAUGAAGCAAAACAUCGAGAAGGGAUACCUGAAAAAGGUGCCAGAUGCAGACAUUGCUACUGGGUGGUAUCUUCCGCACUUUCCGGUGGUUCGGGAGGACAAGGAGACUACGAAGGUGAGGAUAGUGUUUGAUUCUGCAGCCCAGUAUCAAGGAGUCUCCUUGAAUGAUAAGAUGCAUGCUGGUCCCAAGCUUCAAAGAGAAAUCUUCGACAUCUUGGUGAGAUUUCGCGUGGGUCAAGUUGGUCUGGCUGGAGACAUCAAGGAGAUGUUCUCCCAAGUUUUGCUGUCUGAGAGAGAUCGCAAAUUUCACAGAAUCUUAUGGAGAGAUCUAAAUGUCUCACAAGCCGUUGAAGUUUAUGAGUCGACCAGACUAACUUUUGGGGAUAAAGCGUCUCCUUUUCUUGCCAUGCAUGUCUUGCAGACUCACGCCAGAGAUCACCAGGAUGUGUGCCCAGCUGUUGCCUUUGUGUGCCUGUACUGCACAUAUAUGGAUGAUGCGAUUACCUCGAUUGAUGGGACUUGGGAGGCCAAACAGCUACGGAAAGAUUUGGCUGCCAUUUUGAUUAAGGCCGGAUUCUACAUUCGGAGAUGGUGCAGUAACGUCCUACUGGCAUUGGAGGGAGUACCUGCCGAAGAUAGAGCUAGUGGACAGUUGGAGGUGAGCGAUUCCACUUUACCAAGCAUCAAGACGUUGGGGAUCAGGUGGGAUGCCGAGCCUGACUGUUUUGGGUUUGCUGCCCAGAAGAUUGUCGUCCCAGAGGUCGUUACCAAGAGGUCGCUGUUGAGUCGCAUUGCUACACUGUUCGAUCCCUUACAGUGGUUGGCACCUUUCACCAUCCGUGUAAAGAUGACGUUACAGCAGUCCUGGGUUUUGGGAUUGGGCUGGGAUGAACCUAUGCCUGAGGCCCUGGUGAUAGAAGCAACAGAAUGGUUCGAGGAGUUACCGAGGAUAGAACAGCUAGUCAUCCCAAGGCGAUACUUUACCCAGCCAUCAAAUGAGGGAGUUGUUACCAUUCACACUUUUUCCGAUGCCAGUUCGAAAGCAUAUGCCGCCGUGAGUUAUGCCCGUUAUGUCUCAGCUGGCGGAGAGAUAGAGCUGUCAUUGGUCGCAGCAAAAGCCAGAGUCGCGCCCUUGAGAGCAGUGAGUAUUCCGCGACUUGAAUUGAUGGGAGCCGUGCUAGGCUAUAGACUCACGCUGAAGAUUACUACCUUGCUGAAGUGUCCAAUAGAAAAGGCAACAUUUUGGACCGACUCACUAGAUGUGGUUCAUUGGGUACGGAAUCAGUCGAGGCGAUUUAAGCCGUUUGUGGCCAAUCGUAUUGCUGAGUUGCAAACUGAAUCUAAUCCUCACCAAUGGCGUUUUGUUCCAGGCAAAGAGAAUCCUGCAGAUGUAGCCACGAGAGGGAUGUCGGUGGAGGAUCUGACCAGUCCGAAUGUAUGGUUCCAGGGCCCGGAAUUCUUACAUAAGGAAGAGAGCCAGUGGCCGACGUGGAAGACUCUGAUCAACCCUACAGACCAAGCUGUAAUCGAGUCUUCCAAGUCGUGUGUGCAGACAAAUGCCAUGGUUGCAGUUUCAACACCAGAACUUCUCGAAAGAAUGAACUACACCAAGUACUCCACAUGGAAUCGAUUGGUACGUGUGAUGGCUUGGAUUAUAAGGUUUGUCCACAUUGUUAGAGGAGGACCUCAGCAGAGGGUGAAUCGACAGGAACCUGACAAGAAUGGGUGCAAUUCCAGCGAGUUAGAUGGGUCUGAUCGACAGUAUGAUGGUCACACUUCAAAAUGUAAGAAUUUCGGUGAUAGACAAGCUGAUACUGACGAAAUUCCGAAUGAUGCCUUAUCACGUGACGAGUACCAAGAAUCUGAGCUCGCCAUUGUGAGAAUGGUACAGCGGGCCUGCCUGUUUGAAGACUACAACGCGUUGCUGGUAGGUAAUAGUGCGAGGGUGAUGAAGAAAAGCGCAUUAAGAAGUCUUAACCCAUUCCUAGAUGCUGAUGGUGUGAUGAGAGUGGGAGGUCGUUUGCAGCAUGCCGACCUACCAUACGAUGUUAGACAUCCAAUCAUUCUUCCUAGUUCACAUCACAUUUCAGUACUGAUUGUGAGAAGAGCCCACCUGUAUGCCGGGCAUUCACGUGGAGUGAAUGCUACCCUGGCUGAUAUAAGGCUGCGAUUUUGGAUCUUGAAUGGGCGAGAAGCCGUCAAAAAGGUGGCUUAUUGCUGUUACCAGUGUAGAAAGAUGAAGGAACAACCAGCAACCCAGAUGAUGGCUCCGCUACCAGCCUCCAGAGUUAUGAUGUCUCUCAGGGCCUUCUCCUACUGUGGUGUUGAUUUUGCUGGCCCCUUUGUUACUAAGAUCACUAGAUUCAAAUCUGCUAAGAGGUACAUGUGUUUGUUUACUUGUUUGCAGACUAGAGGCGUUCACUUGGAGAUGGCCUACUCGUUGGAUACGGAUGGAUUCUUGAUGGCUUUUUCAAGAAUGGUGGCACGCAGAGGAAAACCGAUAGAAGUCGUCAGUGAUAACGGAGGGUGCUUGGUAAAAGGAGAGAGUACCCUGAGAGAAUUCGUGGAGGGCAUGGAUCGGACGAAGAUAGUCGACUCUGUGAGUAAUCAGGGCAUCCGUUGGAAGUUCAACCCUCCGUAUGGCUCCCACCAUGGUGGGGUGUUUGAGUCGCUCAUUCAGUCUGCCAAGAAAGCCUUGUAUUCGAUUUUUGGAGAAGCCCGCCUGACUGACGAAGAGUUGCUGACAGGGAUUGUCGAAGUAGAAGGUAUGCUGAACUCCAGGCCGUUGACGUAUGUUAGCUCCGACCCUAAAGAUUUAGAAGUGUUGACGCCUAAUCACUUCCUGGUAGGACAGUGCGGUGGACAGUUGGCUCCCCAGAUCGUGGAUGAGACUGACUACAACCCACGACAUCGAUGGCGCCUAGUCCAAGACAUGUUGUACAGGUUCUGGGUUAGAUGGCAGAAGGAGUAUUUGACUCUCCAACAGCAGAGAGGAAAAUGGAGAGAAGUCCAUUCUGAUUUGGCAGUCGAUGAUGUCGUUGUCCUGCAGGAGCAAGGUUGCCCCCGUUGGAGCUGGCCGAUUGGAAAAGUCACUGAAGUAGAGAGAGGUUCUGAUGGUCAUAUAAGAACAGCGACAGUCUUGUCCAGAGGAAAAACGUAUCGACGUCCUAUCACGCGCCUUGUUCCGUUGAUUGCAGCCGAUGGUGAGACGACUACCGAAAAAGCAGACGACAAGAAGUAG